UUGCUUUGCGACUAUUACUGUCUGUCAUGGCUGCUAGUGUACCGGACGGAAAAGUACAAAAAACUACAGGCUGAAGUCGACAAGCAGACAAAGCGACUGGAAAAGCAACGGGAUUCCACAAUGGAAACGAACAUUGACAAGGCGACCAAGAAGCGUCUCGAGAAGCAGGAGGAGAAGUUAAAAAAUUUCAAUCGCGAUCUCUCCCUCGUCAAAAUGAAGUCCAUGUUUGCCAUUGGCGUGAUUUUUACGGCACUUUUCAGCGUCUUUAACCACACUUUUGAUGGACGCGUUGUGGCCCGGCUGCCUUUUGUGCCCAUCUCUUGGCUGCAAAACCUCUCGCAUCGAAAUCUCCCCGGCACGGACUACACGGACUGCUCCUUCAUCUUCCUCUACAUCCUCUGCACCAUGUCUAUUCGGCAGGUAAUUUUCAAGAUUGGACGUAGGCGGCUGACGCGGCCGAAGCCGCCCCCUCUCUCCCAAGUUCGGCAUUUAUUACCGACGCGUAACCCGAAUAACGCCUGA